UGCAGGGUACAGAGCAGAAUAAAAGUGAAUAAGAGGAAAGACACCACCAGGACCACCUUCCUGGUAGGGUUGGGAGGUGGAGGGCAGGGUCCCCAUCGUGGGGAAUCUGAACAACAAAUGCUCACCCAUCCUCCCCACCCUCUCUGCCUGCCUCAUUCUUGGACUCAUCCAAGGUCACUGUUCCCAUAAUUUUGACAUCAUCAGAACAAUGACAUGGACAUUAUUUCAUUUCAAUUCUCUGAUGAUUUGUACUCUGCCAUCCAACUGACUAUAACUCCAACACCCAGGUGUCUAGGUGACAAUGGCCUGACGGUCCUUCCACACACUCUCCAAGUCUUACACAGCAUCAGGAUUACUAGGGCUGCCUUUAGCUGAAACAUCACAAGGAUCCUGCCAAUUGGUCCAUUUCUCUGGUACUUGUGUCUCAAGGAACACAGACUGGGAAAGCAGGAUCUGGGCCCCCAGGACCUCACCACCUUCCAGGGGGACCCAGGUUCCACAGCCAUUCAGCCUUUCAGGGCUGUGGGACCUGGACCUCAUUCCCUCCUGGGGCCAUUUCAACAGCACCACAGACAAUGAUGUCCUGGGUGUCCUCAUACAGGGACCCUCCUGUCUGGGGUGAGUCUGUUUUCCCAUCUCCAGAAGGUGAUGUGCUGGUGGGACUCAGAGGAUAAGCUCCUAAUGCAGGUAGCUGCCACCUCUGCUCAGCUAACAAACUGGCCUGAAGCUGCUGUGUUUCUAACUAUCCCCUCAGGAAUUCCACUGUGAGCUCUGCCAGCCAUUGCUCUGAUGGGGCUCUCCUGUCCCUCUGUGGGACAAGCCCCUAUGUGCUUUCGAAAUAGCACUGGACUCCAUCCCCAGACACUUCUGGUGGUCAGUUUGGCACUGACUCUGUUUCCUCAAUGUCCCAACCAAGAAGGUGGCUACAGAGGGGAGGAUACCAGCAUUGGAUAUGUGUUCCAGGCGUACUCCCUGGGGGACCUGGAGGACACCCUGGAGCCCAUCUUCUUCUUUGACUCAUCCUCUUCGGCCUCAAACAUCUCGAGUUCCUCCACCCAACAAGAGAUGGGCCAAAUGUUGGGAAGCCAGGUCACUGUCACAGGCCCCGAGGAGGACGACAAAGGACACCAGGUCCCAGCCUUGACAGGAAACCUGGAGCCCAUGGAGGAACAGGCGGAAGCCGCUCUGGUGCUUGUGGAAGCUCCAAUUCGAGGUCCACCAUCUCCACCAUCUGAUAGAGAACUGGAGCUGGACAAACCUGCAGUGGAUGAUCAGGGUCAACACCCCCUGCUGGCCCUUCAGUCAGCACUGCAUCUAGAGAGGAAUCCAGAGCCUCUGUUCUUCUCCCAGAUCAUUUGGUUGUUUGUUUUUAUAAUCUGUGUUUAUUAUUCUAUUAUUUAGAAUUAAAGAUUUAUUUUCAUUGUUAAAA